AUGAACUUGAGAACUUCCCACUGCAUUCCUGAGGUCUUUUGCAGAAAAGUCAGUAGGGAAGACGAGUUUGUGGUUCUAGCCCCCGAUGGGAUUUGGGAUGUUUUGUCAAAUGAAGAAGUGGUGAAGAUAGUAGGAGGCUGUAAGGACAGGCCAAUGGCAGCAGAGACGUUGGUUCAGAGAGCAGCUCGGACAUGGAGAACGAAGUUUGUAGCCUCUAAAGCUGAUGACUGCGCCGUGGUGGUGCUUUACCUGAACCACCGGCCAUGCACAAGACAAGGAAACUUGAGCCGAGCAGUAUCGACUGUUUCUGGGAGAUCAGGUAAGAGCAAUAGCGGUUGUUAUUGA